CAAACAUGGCGGCUCGGAAGGCGGGGAUCUUGGCUCUGCUCACUUCUUUUCCUCGAGGCGGCUGCUCUAGCUACGACUCCGGCAGUGACGACGAAAGUGAAGCCCGCGCGUGCGCCUACAUGUUGGAGAAGUUGUUUCCGCCACCAACUAAACGGCCAAAGAUCGUCGGUUACAUCGAGGACGUCGUCCACAAAUACUCGGACGAGGAGUUCCGGAGGAACUUCAGGCUGCCACGGUCAGCGUGCUACGACCUCAUAUCAGAUUUCGAGGAGUCCUCAUUCUACCCGGACUCGUUCUCCAGAGGAGGAAUUCCGCAAAAGACGGCCGAGGAGCACAUCCUGUCGUUUCUGUGGUUCGCAGGAAACAAGUGCUGCAUCCGAGAUGUCGCAGGCCGCUUCAAUCUCAGCGAGGGCGGCUUCCAUAAUAUGAAGGAGCGGGUGGUCAACUAUCUGCUGGCCAUCGCCCCAAGUGUCAUAAAGUUUCCGGCGGACUUGGACAGCCUUGCUUCAGACUUCGAAGAGGUUUCUGGAAUCCCCGGCGUCAUCGGAUGCAUCGACGGAACGUACAUCAAUUUCCGUUGUCCAGACGAGAAGAUCCCCGCAACGUAUGUGAACCGGCACGAGGCCCUGUCAUUAACCUUGCAAGGGGUAUGUGAUGACAAGCGCCGGUUCAUCGAUGCUUUUACGGGGGUUUCGAGUCGGAUCCAUGACGCCAGGGUUUUCGACCUGUCGGACCUCUCCGAAAGGCUUCCCGCUCUCUGUAGGAGAGGGAAGUUCCACAUUCUAGGGGAUGCGGCAUACCCCAGCAGGGAGUACUUAGUGACCCCUUUUAAGGACUACGGCAAGAUGACCCGUGAACAGAGAGAUUUUAACAGAGACUUCUCUGCCACACGGGUGACAAUAGAAAACUCCUUCCAGGUACUGAAGCGCCGCUUCAUGCAGCUGUCCUACCUUGAGUUUGCGGAGGUUGACACAGCUAGUAAAUUUAUUAUGUCGUGCUGUGUGCUACAUAACCUCUGCAUUCAGUCAGGAGAUCUCGAAAUUGAGGGCGUAGAAGCCACAAGUGACCGUCUGCCAGAUGACGAUGACACAAUUGAGGAGACUCGCCCUGUUCUACGAAGCAGAGGAAUUGCGAAACGAGAGAGACUUUGUGAUUAUGUGAAUCGGCCUUGAUCGUUGCACAAAAUAAUGUUCUGCAUCAAGUAUUGUUUUACAGUCAUGUCUCAUUAAAGGGCAACUCCGGUCCAUACUUUCGAUUUUGGGAUUAUGCCUGUUUUUAGUGCAGUCAGCGUCCCUGAAUUGCAAGCUGUAUUUUUUUUCUCGUUAUUGUGCGUAGUUUUAAAGAUAUCGACGCCUCAAAGUUUUGUUUGGGGUGCGGCCAACAAAACCGAAACUAGCUGCUAUGUGAAUGUGACAUCAGGAUCGUUCUCGAUCAACGAGUAUGCAGGCCGAGCGGCACCUACCUCUGCUGCGCUAGCCGUCUAAAGAUGGGUGAUAUGCUAAUUUUGUUUUAAUUCUGUAUACCUGGUAGUUA